GUGACAAUACGCGUCGUUUCACAAUGGGGAAGCUAGUACCCCAGGCGGGAAGAAGUAAAAGGAAGUAAGUGUCCAGCAUCGUCAACCAUUUAAAAAAGUGCAAACCCCCGCUACCACCAGCUUCUGCAACAAGUUUUGGUCUGCUCUCGUUCUCCUUUCUCCAUGGCUCGGAAUAGAGAGGCACUUGUUUUAUUGCUUGAUGUUGGUCCUUCAAUGCAUGGGAUUCUUCCGGAGGUUGAAAAAGUCUGCUCCAUGCUAAUAGAGAAGAAGCUAAUAUACAGCAAAAGUGAUGAAGUUGGAAUCGUUAUAUUUGGAACUGAAGAGACUAACAAUGAGCUUACGAAGGAAGUGGGUGGAUAUGGCAAUAUUAUGGUCUUGAGAAAUAUCAAAGUUGUUGAUGGAGACCUCCUUGAUUCUAUGCAACAGCUUCCUCAAGGAACUGUUGAUGGGGAUUUCUUUGAUGCACUUGUUGUCGGGAUGGAUAUGCUGAUAAAGAAAUAUGGAUCAACAAACAAAGGAAAGAAACGUCUGUGUCUGAUCACAAAUGCACUAUGUCCUAUCAAAGAUCCAUAUGAAGGAACAAAAGAAGAUCAAGCAAGUAUCCUAGCUGAAAGAAUGAGUGCUGAAGGCAUAAGAAUGGAGAGCAUCAUUAUGAGGGGAAAGUUAAGUGAGAAUGCUAACAUUACAACAAUUAAUGAAAAUUAUUUUCUUUUGAAUUUGUUUCCAAAAAAAGCACGUGGAAAAACAGUGUACGUUGACAACCCAACUUCAUUGCUGGGUGCAGUUAGAACUCGAAACAUCUCUCCAGUUACAAUAUUCAGGGGUGACCUUGAACUCACCCCAAAAAUGAAGAUUAAGGUAUGGGUUUACAAGAAAACAUCUGAGGAGAAGUUCCCUACCCUGAAAAAGUAUUCUGAUAGAGCACCUACAACUGAUAAAUUUGCCACACACGAAGUUAAAGUGGAUUAUGAAUAUAAGAAUGUUGAAAACUCUGGUAAAGUUGUACCCCCUGAGCAAAGGAUUAAAGGCUAUCGCUAUGGACCUCAAGUAGUUCCUAUAUCAUCAGCUGAGUGGGAUGCUGUCAAAUUUAAGACAGAGAAGGGUGUAAAGCUUCUGGGAUUUACUAAUGCUUCAAACGUGAUGAGGCACCAUUACAUGAAAGAUGUCAAUAUUUUUAUUGCGGAACCGGGCAAUGUAAGGGCUAUCACUGCGGUUUCUGCCAUUGCGAGGGCGAUGAAGGAAAUGAACAAGGUUGGAAUUUUGCGCUGCGUCUGGAGACAAGGGCAGGGGAAUGUUGUUGUGGGGGUCUUGACACCCCAUGCAUCUGAAAGAGAUGAUGUUCCUGGUUCCUUUUACUUCAAUGCACUUCCUUUUGCGGAGGAUGUUCGAGAGUUUCAGUUCACCUCUUUCAGCAACUUUCCUGCUUCAUGGCAGCCCAACGAACAGCAACAAGAAGCAGCAGAUAACUUGGUAAUGAUGUUGGAUCUUACAACAUCUGGAAAAAAGGAAUAUUUGCAGCCUGACUUUACACCAAAUCCUGUUUUAGAGCGAUUUUAUCGUCAUCUUGAGUUGAAAUCAAAGCACCCAGAUUCUGCUGUACCUCCACUUGACCAAGCUCUCAAGAAAAUUGUUGAACCAGAUCCCGAACUUAUUUCUGAAAGUCAGUCCACCAUUGAUGCCUUUUAUAAGUGCUUUGAACUUCGGGAGAAUCAAAAGCUGAAGAAAUCGGCUAGGCGGUUAUUGCGAGAAAAGCCAUCUGGGUCAGAUGAAGAAGAUGGUUAUGAAGAUAUACCAACUGAUUUUAAGGUUGUGAACUCAAUUGAAAAGGAACCUCUGGCCAAGAUUGAGAAAAUUGGAGAUAUGACCCCAGUUCAGGAUUUUGAAGCAAUGAUGUCACGCAGAGAUAGUGCCGAUUGGAUUGCUAAAGCCCUUAAGGAUAUGCAAAAUAAAAUAGUUAACCUGGUGGAAAACUCCCAAGAAGGAAAUAAUUAUUUUGCUAUAGCUAUGGAGUGUUUAGUUGCCCUUCGCAAAGGCUGCAUCCUUGAACAAGAACCAGGGGAGUUCAAUGAUUUCCUACACCAUCUUCAGAAACUCUGCUUGGCAAAAGGCCAUGGUGCUUUCUUGGAAUUUCUGGCAUCGGCAAAAGUCACUUUGAUCUCCAAGACAGAAGCUGUAGACAGUGAUGUUUCAGAGGAGGAGGCUAGAAGCUUUCUGGUUAAAACUGAGCCAAAAUUCGAGCAGUAGGGUACUUCCAUCUAUAAAUAUAGAAUUUUGAAGAUUGUAGAUAGCUUAAAUUUGGCAGAAUUGGGGUUGGUUCAGGUCGGUCUGUAAACUUUUCAAGAACGGUAUAGGUUUUCUUUCGAUACUUAGUUUGGCAAAAUGAACCAACUUAAGGAAGAAAAAAAAAAAAAAAAAAAAAAGAAAAUCCUUAAUGAGUAAGGAAGGCCAUGUUUAUUUAUGAUUAA